AUGGCGGCACCAGCUCUCUCCCCCUCCCCCCUCUCCCUCUCUCCCAGGGCGGAGCCGGUGCUGGCCCGUAUCAAGGAGGACCGCCGGAGGAUCAUCCUGCCCUCCAUCGACAACAUCCGACACGACACCUUUGAGCUGGAGCGCUACGAGAACUCGGCCCACGGGUACAACUGGGAGCUGUGGUGCAUGUACAUCAACCCCCCCAAGCAGUGGUGGGACGAGGGGGACACCUCCGCACCAAUCAGGACUCCAGCCAUGAUCGGCUGCUCCUUCGUGGUGCAGCGGGCCUACUUUGGAGAACUGGGUCUGUUGGACCCGGGUAUGGACGUCUACGGAGGGGAGAAUAUUGAGCUGGGGAUCAAGGUGUGGAUGUGCGGGGGUAGCAUGGAGGUGCUGCCUUGCUCCAGGGUGGCUCACAUUGCCCGCCUGAAGAAGCCGUAUGUCAGCAACAUAGCGUUCCACACGCGCCGCAACGCCCUGCGAGUGGCCGAGGUCUGGAUGGACGAGUUCAAGACCAACGUCUACCAGGCCUGGAACAUCCCCAUGGAGAACCACGGCGUCGACUACGGGGACAUCUCAGAGAGGCGGGCGCUGAGGAAGAACCUGCAGUGCAAGAACUUUGAGUGGUACCUGGACAACGUGUACCCGGAGAUGAGGAGAUACAACAACACCAUCCACUACGGAGAGAUCCGUAACUCCAAGGCCAGCCACCUGUGUAUGGACCAGGGAGAGAGGGACAACCACACGGCUACCCUGCACCCGUGCCAUGGCUGGGGCCCGCAGUUAGGGCGCUACACGGCGGACGGCCAGCUGUACCUGGGGCCCCUGGGCAGUACGGGGGAGGACACGAGGUGCCUGGUGGACGACCAGAUCAGCCACCUGCCGCAGCUGCGCGACUGUGAAAAGGUCUCCAAUGUGAGGCAGAAGACGUGGCUGUUCUCCCAGAACGAGUCCAUGGAGAACGGAGCGUCGGGCCGUUGCCUGGAGGUGGUUCCAGCCAACGUGAACUUUGGGCAACUGCUGGUUCUGCAGCCGUGCACUGGCCAGAAGUGGACCAUCAAGAACACCAUCAGACAGCAACUAUUGACCUAGCUGGUCAACCCGGCCCCAACACACACACACACACACACGCACACAUGCACACACGCGCGCACACACACACACACACACACACACACACACACACACACACACACACACACACACACACACACACACACACACACACACACACACACACACACACACACACACACACACACACACACACACACACACACACACACACACACACAAGUCUUUGUGGACCCCACCAGGAGCGUUGAAAUGACAAACACCCAGAGGUCAUGUGUGUGGAUGAUGAUGAUGAUGAUGAUGAUGAUGAUGAUGAUGAUGAUGAUGAUGAUGAUGACGACAAAGGUAUUUCUGGGUCUUUGCUGGACAGAAGGUUUGGUUAAUGCUUUUAGGAUCAAAUCUUGAACGACCAGGAGUUAAACAACACACACACACACACACACACACACACACACACACACACACACACACACACACACACACACACACACACACACACACACACACACACACACACACACACACACACACACACACACACACACACACACACACACACAGUGUACCCCUAAAAUAUCUGAUGAGAUGAUUUAAACUCGUUUGCUUCCCCCUGUGAGUGUGUGUGUGAUUCUCCCUCGCCUCUGAUAUGCUGACAAGCUGUGGCCCUGACCUCAGUAUGUCCCUGGGUGUACAGAUGGUGUUAUCACCACCCCAAAUCACAGCCGGACAGAUGGGCAUGAAGUUCGAGAGAGAGGGAGAGAAAUAAAUGAUUUCAUUAGAGGUUUCAGAUUUUAACAGCUUUUUUUUAACCAUUUUAUGGUGCUCUAUGGUGAGAUGGGUCCCGGCAGAUGACUUCAUCUCUGCGAUGAUUAAAAGUUCAAGGCAGAACACAUCGCUUCCUCGUUCUCACAUCCAUUAAAUAACGUCCCGGGUGGUGUCAUCAGAACUAACUCAGGCAGGGGGUGAUGCUUAGUUCUGGCACUUCUGAGUGUGUGACUAAACCUGCACUAUGAUACAUUUUUGCUGCAGUGCUUUUUUUUAUUUUUUAUUUUAACUACUAAGAGGCAAAAGGAAGAAAACAGAAUUUGGGAGGGGAGAUGCGUAGUUCCGAAUUGCAGGUUUAACUUUUAAAAAUAAUCAUAUCAUAGCUUUUAAUGAGAAAUGUAUUAAUAUGUCAAAGGGAAUUAUUUUAAUAUUUGUCUUCAGACUAUGUACAAACGUUGUCAGUUCUUUCUUUACAGUUAGGGUUGAGGACAUCAGUUAAGUGUCAUUGGGAUUAUGGUAUGGAAAUAAUUUACUGAUAUCUAUUUUUUGUGUGUUUUGAUUUGGUCGAUUAAUCUGUGGUUGUUCCUUAAGGUUUGUUGGGUUCUUUUCAACUCCAAGCAUUUGGUAGCACCGAUUUGGGUCAAGUCUUGUAGCAUGAUUGUUAUGGACGCGUGGAAAAUGUGUUUUUAUGUUAUGGUAAAGUCUCCUUGAUAAUGUCUCUGGGUUUUUGCUGUCGGUCACCGAGGGCCACGUGAAUAACAGGGACACAGACGUCUGACAAGGCCACUCUCGGUCGAGGCACUGCCUUUUUUUCUUUUUGACGUUGUCAUGGAAACUAUGAGCAGUGUUUAAAUAUAGAAGGGUUCAUGCACAAUGCUGUCGGGAGGCUGGUCCAGUCUUUUUAUUGAGAUAUGAUGUCAAACGUCCCAUCGAGUCGAUGAUAAUCGACGGGCUUCGGUCCCCGCUUUGUCUUCCAAUAAAACAACGGGUAACCUGG